GCCUCUGUCACGCUGUGAUCUGCACUGGCCGUGGGAGUCAUUGGAAGGACUCAGGGGGACCCAGGAGACCUAGAAAUGGACUCAGUCACCAUUGAGGAUGUGGCUGUGAACUUCACCGCAGAGGAGUGGGCUUUACUGGAUCCUUCACAGAAGAAACUCUACAGAGAUGUGAUGUGGGAAACCUUCAGGAACCUGGUCUCAAUAGGAAAAACAUGGGAAGAUCAUGAUAUUGAAGAUCAGUACAAAAUCCAAGGGAGAAAACAGAGAAGUCAUAUGGUAGGGAGACUCGGUGAAAGUGAAGAGGGUAGUCAGUGUGGAGAAAACUUCAGCGUUAUUCCAAAUCUCAAUCUGAACAAGAAAACUACUGGAGCUAAACCAUGUGAAUGCAGUGCAUGUGGAAAAGUCUUCAUGCAUCAUUCAUCCCUUAAUAGGCAUGUUAGAUGUCACACUGAACACAAACCAUAUGCAUUUCAAAAAUAUGGAGAGAAGCCACAUACAUGUAAGGAAUGUGGGAAAGCCUUCACUUUUCCCAGUUCUCUUCGAAUUCAUGAAAGAACUCACACUGGAGAGAAACCUUAUGAAUGUAAAAACUGCAGUAAAGCAUUCAUUUCUCUCAGUUCACUUCAAAAACAUGAACGAAUUCAUACUGGAAAGAAACCCUUUGAAUGUAAAAUAUGUGGUAAAGCAUUCAGUUUUCCCAGUAAUGUUCAAGUACAUGAAAGAACUCAUACUGGAGAGAAACCGUAUAACUGUAAGACAUGUGGGAAAGCCUUCAGUUUAUCUUGUAGUGUUCAAGUACAUGAAAGAAUUCAUACUGGAGAGAAACCCUAUGAGUGUAAGGAAUGUGGGAAAGCCUUUAUAACUUCCUCAAGCCUUCAAGCACACAUGAUUUCUCACACUGGAGAUGGGCCUUAUAAAUGUAAGGAAUGCAAUAAAGCAUUCAUUUCUCCCAGUGCAUUUCGAACACAUGAAAGAAUUCAUACUGGAGAGAAACCCUUUGAAUGUAAAAUAUGUAGUAAAGCCUUCAGGUUUUCCUAUUCUCUUCGAAAACAUCAAAGAACUCACACGGGAGAGAAGCCCUAUGAAUGUAAAAAAUGCAGUAAAGCAUUCACUUCUUCCUGUUCUCUUCAAAAACAUGAAAGAACUCAUACCGGAGAAAAACCUUAUGAAUGUAAAAAAUGCAAUAAAGCAUUCAGUUCUUGCAGUUCUCUCCGACUACAUGAAAGAAAUCACACUGGAGAGAAACCCUAUGAAUGCAAAAAAUGUAGUAAAGCAUUCACUUCUGCCAGUUGUCUUCGAAAACAUGAAAGAACUCAUACUGGAUAGAAACUGUAUGAAUGUAAAAAAUGUAGUAAAGCGUUUAGUUUUCCCAGUUCACUUCAAAGACAUGAAUGAAGUCACAAUGGAGAGAAUUCCUGAGGAUGUCAAUAAAAUGGGAAAGCCUUUAUUUUUCAUGAAUACUUUCGAGGAUAUGCAAGAAUGUGCACUAGAGGAAAAACCCUGUAAAUGUAAAGAAUGUGGGAGAGCUUUAUGUCAUCCCAGUUCUUUCUGAAGGCAUGAAGGACUCACUUGAUAAACACCUCUUGACUGUAAACAGUGAGGGAAGGAUUUCAAUUGGCCUACAUCCUUCUCUGUGAAACUCCCUCCAAAAAGAAAUAUAAAUGUAAGUCAGGAAAGCUUGAUGGAAAUUAAUUUGCAUGUAAUGUUCUAAAAAACUUUCAACAUGAAAGAGUUGUUAUAAAAGUUAUAAAUAUAUUGUUUACUAAGCUUCUUUCUUAAAGUGCAACAUUGGAUUGUGGAUUUCUACUAAUAACUUUCAGAAAUGAAUAUUGAGGUGAGAAAAUUCUGCAAGUCACUCUUUCUUAAUACUACAUAAAGAUUAAUAGGUGGUGCUUUUUUCUUAAAUCAGUUAAUAAUAUUUUCUCCUUUAAUUUUUUUUAUAAUGUUUUAAUUGUUCUGUGUUAAGGGGCCAUUGAAAAAUGGCAGUUUGUUGUUGUCCAAACUUUUUUACUCGCGUUGUAUUGAAAUUCCUGGAUAUGCCUAAUCUGUUGUAUGUAUUGUACCUUUCUUACAGAAAGCUCCUUUUUUGGGGUGAUAGGUGUAGGAACUUGUUUUUAUUUUCUAUAUUAUUAAACAGUUGGAAUAAAUUUUAAUGUACGGCAAGUUUGUCAAAGAAUAUG